AUGAUCAUUUCCAACGUGAGCCUGAGCUGUGCGCACUGUCCCGGGGGAGCAGCCGGCGGCACCGCGGCGACAGACGCGUACGAGGAGGUUUCCGGUUCUCUCCCGCCUCCGUCCCUGAGCCCGACGGGGCACCUGGUGGUGGCGGUGUGCCUCGGCUUCAUCGGUGCCGUCGGGUUCCUCAGUAACUUCCUGGUGAUCACGCUGUUCUGCCGGUACCGGGCUCUGCGCACGCCCAUGAACCUCUUGCUGGUGAGCAUCUCGGUGAGCGACCUGCUGGUCAGCGUGCUGGGCACCCCGUUCAGCUUCGCAGCCAGCACCCAGGGGCGCUGGUUGAUCGGACGCGCUGGGUGCGUUUGGUAUGGCUUCAUUAACGCGUGUUUGGGUAUCGUCUCCCUGAUCUCUCUGGCCGUUCUGUCCUACGAGCGUUACUGCACCAUGAUGACUCCCACCAUGGCCAACGGUAGAGAUUACCGCUCGGCGCUGGGAGGCAUCUGCUUCUCCUGGCUCUACUCUGUGGCCUGGACUGUGCCUCCACUGCUGGGCUGGAGCAGAUACGGGCCCGAGGGUCCCGGCACCACCUGCUCAGUCGACUGGAAGACCCAGACGAGAAACAAUGUCUCCUACAUCGUCUGCCUGUUCACCUUCUGCCUGGCCCUGCCAUUCGGCGUCAUCCUCUACUCCUACGGCAAGCUGCUGCACGCCAUCAGACAGGUCCGCAGCGUGAGUUCGGUGGUGAGCCGCCGCCGAGAGCAGCGGGUGCUGGUGAUGGUGGUCACCAUGGUGGUGUGCUACCUGGUCUGCUGGCUGCCCUACGGAGUGGCCGCUCUGCUCGCCACCUUCGGCCCUCAUGACUUUUUGACCCCGGAGGCGAGCAUCACGCCGUCGCUGCUGGCCAAGUUCUCCACCGUCAUCAACCCUUUUAUCUAUAUAUUCAUGAACAAGCAGUUUUACAGGUGUUUCAUGGCGUUCUUCAGCUGCUCCACCCCCGAGCAAGGCUCCACCCUAAAGACAUUUUCUCGGGUGACCAAGACCCUCCGCACCAACCGCCAGGACAAGGAGCCCCAGGUGUCGGCCCCCGCCCCGUCCUCGGCCAUGCCCACGCCCAACUCCGUCCACGAGUCGUCGCAGGGAGCCAACCACGUGGACGCGUCGCCGACGAACCGAGACCGCGGCGCCCCCCAGACUCCCGCUGCUGCUGCCGCCAGCCUCAAACCCAAACUGAUUCUCGUGGCUCACUACAGGGAAUAA